AUGUGUUCAAAGAGAUCAUUAGGCGAUGAUUCAAAACCCGGGACUCAUUAAUUUAGGUAAACCUGGCGUAUCCGCCGGUAUAUAAGGAUCAGACAUCAUAACGCACAACACACAACAUCACGAAAGCAAGAGCUCAUUGGCAUUUUAUAAAGAACGAAAUGAAUUUUCAGUUCAAGUUGAGAUUGAUUUUCACUUUUUCAAUAUUAAAUGUAACCGUCGGGUUCAAGUUUUUUCAAGAUAAAAUACCAAAUGGGAACAAUGUCCCCCAUCCAUGUAAGCCUAACUACGUGUGGCAGGGGGUAGGACAUAAAAAUGCGAUGGGUGGUGGAAACAGAAACGCGUUUGGAUUGGCAUUUGACGCAAAUGGAAAGGUAUGGAAUUCUAGAUUGUGCAACGCUGAUUCGGACAAUGAUGGAAAAACAAAUGGUGUUGAACUCGGAGAUCCAAACUGUGUAUGGACCGAAGGAGCUGUUCCUGAAAUUACAAGCGGACUGUCGCAUCCAGGUGUUUGCGAGCCUUGGGACUCGGAGAGAUGUUUGGCGCACAAUCAGUGGGAAUUCUGUGACAGCGAAGUCUUCUCUUGUCCAGCCAUGGAUGCAACAGAUGACGUUCGAAAGGUCAGUGUUCGUUUCCCGCCAACACGAGUGCCUCCUACAGAGACGAAUUAUUAUUGCAUGGCGGUGGAGCUACCGGGGGAUGGCGACUAUCAUAUUAUUGCAUCAAGUCCAAAAAUCGACAAUGCUUACGUUAUGCAUCACAUUCUCAUGUAUGGAUGUAAAGACGAGGAUCUAAAGGGUGGUGAGUCUGACGUUCGGACUAAAUUUGCAACCCCAACAUUAUGUGAAGUUGACACGGGUUGUACCAAUUUAAUUACUGGCUGGGGUCCUGGCUUACCAGGACAGUGUUUCUCGGAACGCGCAGCUUUCAGGAUUGGAAAACACGGAUACAAAUAUGCAGUCAUGCAGAUGCAUUGGAAUAACCCCGAAUUGCUUUCCCAUUACACCGACAGUUCUGGUUUAACAUUGUUCUACACACCAAACUUGAGGCCCAAUGACGCUGGAUCCUUUGUAGUCGGUCAGCGUUACCUCGAUAUCAAACCAGGAUUAGAAAGUCACACGGAAACUGCAAUGGCUUCGUCCAGUUGUACUCGAAAAAUGCUUCCCUACCCUAUUCACAUACUCAAUAAUGUUCUACACAUGCACUAUUUAGGAAAAUCAGGCUACAUAGACCUUCGUCGUAAUGGAAACAAGCUGAAAACGUUAGGUCGAGAUGACGUAUUUAGUCACGAUUCCCCAGUUCAACACGUACAUGAUCCACCGAUAGAGUUCCUACCCGGUGAUGAGGUAUUCGUUAGUUGCACCUUCGAUUCACGCUCAAGAUCAGAAACCACUUACUACGGCUACGAUACAUCAGCUGAAAUGUGCUACGGAUUUUUCCAGUACUACCCGGUGAUUAGUAACUUGACAAAUAUUUUGAAUUACAAAGACGUCGAACUUUGUUUCAACUGGGGUCCCAGAGGGGGAGGUGAGGGUCUCAUUGUUGGAGGAUGUAGUUUGACGAAGGCGGUCAUUCAAUCCUUUUCAAUGAAAGUCAUGGCGAAAUGCUCGAUGACCGGUAAUGUCUGUCAACCAGAAUGCAAGGAGAUGGUCAAGGAAACCAGGUUGAAUGACGAGUGUAUGGGGAACGAAGACGUUUUUGGACUAGUGAAGGUUUUAUCAGAGGGAGAACCUCGAUUUGAAAACAUAUGGAGAGCAUUUGAGUCUUGUGACGAUGAGAUUAAGAUGGAUGAUGUUCUCACGAGAUUAAUAUUAAGCCUAAUUUGAACUUUUAAUUAAAUUUAUCUAAAUCACCCAAGUUUACAUAUCAAACCCUUUUCUACAUAAUAUUAUAUCAUGGUACUAAAAUUAAAAUGGGUGGUAUCUAUAGACACUCCCCGAAGCGAUAAACGAUGGAGAUGAUAGGUGUGACGCAAAGGAGUCUAUGGACACCCGAUACUCAUUGCACAAACA